GGGCACUACGAGGAGUGUCACCAUGGCUCUCGCUGAAACCUUGGAUUGCCCACACCAUCAACUACAUUAGUGAUGUAUGCUCCCAAUCAACGUUCUUGGCCUUUCCAGAUUUACAGAGUAAAUUCCAAUUACCCAACUCUCUUAUUUUUCAGUAUCUACAAUUCAAAAGCAUCAUACACACCAAAAGCUCAAAAAAGGUAAUAUACCAAUGGUAUCUUACCCCACAAAGGCUCUAUCAAAUCUACCCUGCAGCAGACCCUAAAUGCUGGAGAUGUGGAUUUCAAGAUGGCACCAUGACCCACAUUUGGUGGGAAUGCAACGGGAUUAAACCCUUGUGGAAGCAAGUACAAGCAAUCCUGAAUAAAGCGAUAACUAACACACAACCGCUCACUCCGAUGAUGGGACUUCUGAUGCUUUUCCCAACUACAUGGAAGAUAGAAGACAAAAAACUAGCCUCACUUGUCAUACUAGCAGCGAGAAACCUCCUAGCUCUCCAUUGGAAAAGCACCUACUGCCCCUCAAACAAGGAGCUGAUAGAUAAGAUAUACCAAUACUACAGAUAUGAGGUGCUUUCCUCGGGUUCAUACGAGAGGAGGAAACAGACAGAACAAAUGUGGAAACCAUGGCUUGCCCUUAUGGGCCACCCAAA